CCGACUACGUCAGCGGCGCGCAGGCGCAGGCCGUUCCCCGCGCUUUUCGGAGGCUGCCGGCGUCCGGGACGCGCUUCAGGCUGGCAGUGUCAAGAAGCAUUGUGUACAUGGUGAAGUGCACUGAAUCUGGAGUGAAACUGCUUGUGUUCGAUUUCUGGCACCACUCAUAACUGGCUGUGUAAUCUCAAAACCUCUAAAAUGCAGACCUCCAGCUCUAGGUCUGUGCACCUGAGUGAAUGGCAGAAGAAUUACUUUGCAAUUACAUCUGGCAUAUGUACAGAACAGAAGGCAGAUGCAUACCGUGCACAGAUAUUACGCAUUCAGUAUGCAUGGGCAAACUCUGAGAUCUCCCAGGUCUGUGCUACCAAACUGUUCAAAAAAUAUGCAGAGAAAUAUUCUGCAAUUAUUGAUUCUGACAGUGUUGAAUCUGGCUUGAAUAACUAUGCAGAAAACAUUUUAACUUUGGCAAGAUCUCAACAAACUGACAGUGACAAGUGGCAGUCUGGAUUGUCAAUAAAUAAUGUUUUCAAAAUGAGUAGUGUACAGAAGAUGAUGCAAGCUGGCAAAAAAUUUAAAGACUCUUUAUUGGAACCUACUGAUGCAUCACUGGUAAUUCAUAAGGAGGCCACUGUCUAUGCUCUUCCUAAAUGUAGUGGUUUUGGCAGUUCUGGAAGGGGUGACCUUUUACCUAACUCAACUUAUGAUACAGAUAGGACCCAAGACGUCCCAGAGAGCAAUCCUUUGAAAUACCAUCAGAGCGCCCAGCCACCUAUGGUGACUAACACCACUAAGACUUGUCCUACAUUCUCAACACCUUUAGGUGAGCCAGCCAUUGCAAAAUUUCAUGCCACACCAUUAUUUGGAAAUGGCAGAAAGGAAAAUUGCAUCUCUCCAAAAGGCAACGUAGGACUAAAUGUGUCCUUAUCAAAUCAAUCUUGUUUUCCUGCUGGCUGCGAAAAUCCACAGGAAAGAAAGACUUUCUAUGAUUCUGGUACCACUGAUGUACUUUCCAAUCCAGUAAUGAAUAAGGCUUUUCAUAAAACAGAAGAUAAUGGUCAAAAGGAGGACAGCAGCCUGCCUACUUUUAAAACUGCAAAAGAACAGUUAUGGGCAGAUCAGCAAAAAAAGUUCCAGCAACCCCACCGUGUAUCAGGGUCUUCAUAUGGUGGUGUAAAAAAGUCCCUGGGAGCUAGCAGAGCACGAGGAAUAUUUGGAAAGUUUGUUCCUCCUAUACCUAAACAAGAUGGGGGAGAGCAGAAUGGAGGAAUGCAGUAUAAGCCUUAUGGGACAGGACCUGCAGAACCAGCACAUCCAGUUGAUGAGCGCCUGAAGAACGUGGAGCCAAAGAUGAUUGAACUUAUUAUGAAUGAGAUUAUGGAUCAUGGACCGCCAGUAAAUUGGGAUGAUAUCGCAGGAGUCGAAUUUGCUAAAGCCACAAUAAAGGAAAUAGUUGUGUGGCCCAUGAUGAGGCCAGACAUCUUUACUGGUUUACGGGGACCCCCUAAAGGAAUUUUGCUCUUUGGUCCUCCUGGGACUGGUAAAACUCUCAUUGGCAAGUGCAUUGCUAGUCAAUCAGGUGCAACAUUCUUUAGCAUCUCUGCUUCAUCUUUGACUUCCAAAUGGGUAGGUGAGGGGGAGAAAAUGGUCCGUGCAUUGUUUGCUGUUGCAAGGUGUCAGCAGCCAGCUGUGAUAUUUAUUGAUGAGAUAGAUUCCCUAUUAUCUCACCGGGGAGAUGGUGAGCAUGAAUCUUCUAGAAGGAUAAAAACAGAAUUUUUAGUACAGUUAGAUGGAGCAACUACGUCUUCUGAAGAUCGUAUUCUAGUGGUGGGAGCAACAAAUCGGCCACAAGAAAUUGAUGAGGCUGCUCGGAGAAGAUUGGUGAAAAGGCUUUAUAUUCCCCUCCCAGAAGCUUCAGCUAGGAAACAGAUAGUAAUUAAUCUAAUGUCCAAGGAACAAUCUUGCCUCAGUGAAGAGGAAAUUGAACAGAUCGUGCAGCAGUCUGAUGGGUUCUCAGGAGCAGACAUGACACAGCUUUGCAGAGAGGCUUCUCUUGGUCCUAUUCGCAGUUUACAAACUGCUGACAUUGCUACCAUAACACCAGAUCAAGUUCGACCAAUAGCUUAUAUUGAUUUUGAUAAUGCUUUUAGAACUGUGCGGCCUAGUGUGUCUCCAGAAGAUUUAGAACUUUAUGAAAACUGGAACAAAACUUUCGGUUGUGGAAAGUAAAUGGGACACUUGAAAUUAAAAGAUGGCAUUUUUGUAGUACAGUCUUUUUCAUUUUUUAGCACAGGAAGCUCAGGGUUUGUUAAUUGCAUUUUUUAGAAUAUAUUCUAAAUUCUGUACCUCAGUAAUGGCGAAUUUAAUAACCAAUUGACAUAACCUGUGUUAAUCUAAAUUUUAUUUGCCUUAUUUGAUGUGUAAGCCUUAUUUAAACAAAAUGAGAAUGCAUUUUUUGUUUUUUCAAAAGAAGUUUUUCUUUUGAAAAUGUAGAAGAGUAUGAAUGGUAAACGCUAAUUGGAACUUUUUUUAGGCUGAGGAUUACUCAUAAGGUUGUAUCUGAUUAAAAUUUAUCUUUUAUUGAAGAAAGUUCCUUCUGAAGUUCACGUAAUUCUUAAUGUUAGCUAGUAUAAUGGUUUACAUGAAAAACAGCAUUGUUUACUGUUACUUAAAUAGAUUUAAGAUCUCACCAAAAGCUAGAGUGAAAGUAUCAGUUUUUGCUUUCUGCUUUUUGUUCCUUAUCUCCUAAUUUUUGUUUGUUAUCGGGACUAAUAAAAAUA